GAACCGUUCCUGGCACAGAUUAUUUCUAUUGCUGUUGGAAUUAUUUUCUCUCUGGAGUCUUCCAACGACUGUGAGGAUGUAUCGUACUCUCUGCCUUCUUGCCCUAGCGGCGUGCGCCUUCGCGCAGCAGCCUUCACGGCCCGUGAUUCCAGAGGAAUUCACUGCUACUAUCACGUUCCAGUCGCAUGAACUGAACGAGACGUACGAUGGAGAAGGUCGCUGGGCCCAUGACCAGGCCGGUAACCGCGCCGUCCAGGAAUUUGAAGUUCGCAACACCGCCCACAAGGACAGGCCCUUGCACGAGGUGCGCCUCUUCCGCUUCGACUUGAAAAUGGAAUACGAAGUUGAAGGUCCAGCCAACAGCUCUAAGUGUGCAAAGCGUCCACUCAACGGUACUCUGGAAAGUGCUUUCGGCUGGGUGGCCAAGGCCGACUACGCUGGAAAGCAUGAGAUCCGUCACCACGAGUUUGACUUCUGGUCGUAUCAUGAUGGUGGUAUCACUGUCGAGAUGGGAGUGGACCCGGAAAUGCCCAACCAGCCUGCCUUCCUGGCCCGCCGUGGCACCCACGAGGAUUCUUUCUACGAUUUCCAUGAGUUCAAGGCCGGCACACCCGAAGCAGAGGCCUUCUCCAUCCCGAAGGAAUGCCAGUAGAUCUUGUGCCUAGUAUCAUAAUAUUAUAUUUUAUCUUGGCUGUUUUUGUGUGUGAUUGUCAAGCAACGCAUUCAGUAUGAAACGUGUGUCACGAGCAGAGCAGAGCAUCCAGCCGGCUUGUAUCUGCUCUGUUGCGUGAGUCACAACGUUUAGUAUCUGUAGCCGCUUUGCUUUCUGUCUCGUUGUCAGUGUUGCAAUAGUGAUAUCAUUUGUGUCAAAGGUC